CAGGUACUCCUUGAAACAAUUGACAACCCGAAACAAAAGAAAAGCGAAAGCUACUUCAAUAUUAUACAAAAGAUGUAUUAAAAUUUUUGGUUAAUUUCGGUACCCCAAUGUUCAAAAAUCGUCGAACCGAUCCAAGAAUGGAGUGCGAAAUAUGUGAUAUCACCAGCAAUGCCGGUGGCCAUAAGCUUAAUCCUGCGGACCUCAAACCGGAAACCACCCUGGAGAUGGAGAUUGAGGAGGCACUGUCCUCCAGCAGUGCCGAUGACACGCCGCCGGGUAUGUUGGUGGUAGAGACUCGCAUCAGUUCCUGGCCAAAGGUGCAGUGCUUUGAGUGCAAGGAUGGCACCACCACGGAUGCGGAGGAUCCCCAGCUGCCGGCCUGCCCGCUGGGGCUGAAGCCAAAUGUGCAGUUCCAGAAGCUUUCACAACCAAGUCAUCCACUGGUCAGCACGGAAGUCGCCCUGGCCGCCGCCUCCUGCUCCGCCUAUUCCACAGCGCCAGCCAAGCCCGCGGCCACGGACUCCAUUGCCACGUUGCGCCACUGCGUCAAUGGUGCCACCCAGUGCAAUAACCUGAAUUACGAGUCCGCGUCCAAUGAAUCGAUGCCCUCGGUGGGAUCGCUCGUGUGCCGCAUUUGUCACAAUGCCGAUAAUCCCGAACAACUCGUGUCGCCGUGUUUGUGCAAGGGCUCGCUGACAUAUGUCCAUGUGCACUGCCUGGAGUGUUGGAUUAGCACCUCGCGCUGCACCACCUGCGAGUUGUGCCAGUUCCAGUACAAUACGGAGCAGACUCUGCGAUUUCGUUGCAGGUACACCUGUCUGCAGUCGCUGCGCCUGUGGUACACGAGGGCCAUGAGUCGCAGGGCGCUGCAGGAGGACUGCCAGAUGUUCUCGCUGCUCACGCUGGUGGCCUUUGGCAUCAUUGGGACCCUGCUGGUGGGCAUCCAGUACUACGCCCUGCACACCCACUCCUGGGGUCUGAGUAAGCUGUGGACCAAGUCCUGGAUGCUGUUCUUCCUGUUCAUGACGAUCACCGUUUACUUCGCCAAUAUCUACAUGCUGAUCAAGUCCCAGCUGACGCCCUGGUAUCGCUGGUGGCAGUCUGCGCGGGACAUUAAGCUUAUCCUGGAGAACCGACGACCGUUUCCCAACCCAAGUCGCUUCCUGCGGCCCUUUCACAUGGAGACGGCCUCGACGACAGCCUCCAUGUUCACCCACCACGAUCAGCAGGAGCAGGAGGUGCCGGUGCCCAGCUCCUCGCCCGCCCUCGUGAUCACGUCCAGCGACGAGGAGGCGGAGGAUAAGUUGGCCCCCAAAUGGGGUGUGCGACUGGACAGCGACGUCCUGGCCGCAGUGGUGGCGGCCACCGUGGAAUCGAUUGCUGACGCAAGUGCCCGCGAGAGUGACAAACAGGACGAGGGGCAGCAGCAGAAUCCGUUGCAACAGCAACAGCAACAACGGCAACCGGAUGGCGGCAACUGAAAGGGGGCAAUGACGAGCACUGGACUGGGUCUCGAGGGGAUCAGGAUGGAUGGCAUGGAUAGCAAGGUCUGGGCAAGUAAUUAAGACUCAAGGGCAAGGAUUUGGCGGGGCUUAAGUUGUUUGCGUGUCAUUUGUUUAAUGUAGUUUCAAUGCCUCAAAUUAACUCUCUCUCUCGAUGAGAGCUCGAAAUAAAUGGGUAAACUUAA